AUGUCGCACCAGACCUACAAGGAGAAGUUGCGGCGAGCGAUGGAAGAUCUGAAAGAGCUUUUGCAGCUCGAAAAAGACGCCGUUCUUUCAACGAGUUCCGAGACUGAAACGUUGUACCCAAAAAUUGCGCGGGUGUACGUGCGUUACAUUGUGCUGGCGAAUGCCAUAGAGGACUGCCAUCACAAUAUUGUCCAUCCUCAGGAGCGUUUGUUUGUGCGCAAAGUGCUCGACGCGUUGCUAGUGAGACUCCUCGAAAUCAAACAGAAGGUCAUCGCAACCAGUCCCCGGGAAGGCUCGCCUCACCUCUUCCUCUCAGAGGUUCUCUCUUUCCUCGACAUUUCCCCUGAACAAGCGGUCCUGAGAAUCCCCCGCUUCUUGAAAGACGAUCCAGCUGUGGCCGAGCAAUGGGAUGUCAAAAUGCAGAAACUCGAAUACUGGGCGACCACGCUCCGUGCUGAUGCGCUCAGGGCCUGGGCAGCGGCGAGUCGAAUCCAGGCUGUAUGGCGAGCGUGGUCGUGUCGCCGACGCGUCGAGAAGGAGAGAAGAACCUUUCUGGCGUUUUGGGGCUUGGACUUUGUGGAAAGUGCAAAGUUGGAGGACGAAGAACGCCUUCUCGAGCAAGUGUUUGCCGCAAGAAAGCUCUUCCAAAGAGAAGCCGGAAAAGCGUACCACGCCUCCCUCGUCACGGAACUCGAGUGGCUACGUGAGAACGUUGGAUCGGAGUUGAAAUUCCAAAAGUUUGCGGAAGGGCGAGACUGGAUGCUGGAAUUUCGGCGACAAGUUGGUUCUUUUCCUUCUUCGUUUGCCGAUCGCACGAAGGACUUUGACGGCGUUCCGCCUCCCCCGCCGGAUGGCCGGCCUUACAAGAUCGGUUUACCAGGGGCCGAUAAGAAACCAGAAGCAAAAGAAAAACGAAAAGCUGAGCCGUCAAAAAAGCCGGAAUCGGCCAGGGAAAAGAAGCCGGCAGCGGUAGAGCCAAGCGAAGAAACUCUGCCGACGAUCACGGACGAGCUGGGAGAACUCGCGAAGGAAUUCGAAGCGACGUGGGCCGAGUUUCCGUGGAGGGUGGACGCGGCGCAAGAGCCUGACAAAACGCUGACGCGGAAUCAAUUGCUUCCUCAGGUUGAAAGCGAAGUUACGGUCGCCGUGGACGAACUGCUAAAGCAAGAACUGGUUCGGCUACGGCAACAGUUUGACUUGGUGAAGGAGAAGCCGAGGAAAAAGGGGCAAAAGACGGGCGGAAAGAAGGCUGGGAAGAAGGGCGGAACGGCGAAGACCAAAUGCUGCAAUGCGGCGAAUCUUGCGGGGCCGUUGGAAGACAUUUUUCCCGAUCUCGUCAAAGACGGAAUCCUGAGGGGCGUCGAGCCUGCCAAGCUAGACGACUUUAUCGGCAACUUCCCCGUGUGUCCGACUCCUACUGACGAGUUCCUUCCUGCUCCGACGGCCUGGCAAAUCAAACAGUUUCUCGUUGAACAAAUUAUUCUCCCGCUGGCGUCCACAAGCAUUCGCGAGAAAACCCCCUUCCCAGCCAGAUCUCUCCUCCUCUAUGGCCCCCCAGGAUCGGGGAAGUCUCUCAUCUCUCGCAUCAUUGCAACUGAAGCGGGGGCAAUGUUCUUCGAUCUCUCGCCCGAUGUGAUUGAGAAUCUUUACAAGCAUCCAAAGACAGGCGCCUCCUUGAUGAUUCACAAAACAUUUCUCUGUGCACAGCAGCACGCCCCGGCGGUGAUCUACAUCGAUAACGUCGACCAAGUGUUCAUGUCAAAGAAAGGUGGAAAGAAGAAGGGUGCUGGAGAACAGACACAGUCGAGUGCUUGGAGGAUAAGGGAUCAACUCAAGGGUCAUCUAAACUUAGUGAAGAAGGCCGGCGGUCCCCUAAGUGCCUCAGAUCGUCUUCUCGUCAUUGGGUGCACUUCGCGACCGUUCGCCGACCGUCUAGACCAGAAGAGCAUGACUGAUUUCUUCGACCACAAACUGUGGCUAAAUUUUCCCAACUACGAAACCAGAAAAAUGAUUUGGGAAUCCCUGCUCAAGAAGAAACACGCGCGAAUCGAGACGCUUGGGCUCGCCAACCUCUCGACAUUGGCGGAGAUGAGCGACGGCUACUCAGGAGGCGCUCUAGAAGCCGCUGUGAACCACGUCUUCCUGGAACAGCGAGUCGCACGUCUUCCGGACGCGCCUGUUCAGCCCGCAGAAAUGGUUGGAGUUCUCUCGCGACUUCCUUACUGCUGGCCUGAAGAGUGGAUCCAAUUUCGGGAAUUUGAUUUCGUUGCAACAGGCGAAAAAGCACGCGCCGCCGCGCGGAAAGCGAAGGCAGAGGCAGAAAAAGCGGCUGCCGACAAGGCCAAAAGAAACAAGAAGUAG